AUCGUGCCGCCUUAGAGGCACAUAGUGAUACAAGAGCAGGGAGGCGGCUCCGGAGCGGACCUUGGAGAGCCCAGUCGUCCGCCCGAGAGCCAGCCUCGAUCCCCGCGGCCCGCCGAGGCUCGAGCCAUCAUCCAGCGACCCGGCGAGUGGCCUCAGGCCCCGCCAUGGGGAAGACCAACAGCAAGCUGGCCCCCGAGGUGCUGGAGGACCUGGUCCAGAACACGGAGUUCAGCGAGCAGGAGCUGAAGCAGUGGUACAAGGGCUUCCUGAAGGACUGCCCCAGCGGCAUCCUCAACCUGGAGGAGUUCCAGCAGCUCUACAUCAAGGCUAUCUACAAGAUGGUGGGCACCGUGAUCAUGAUGCGCAUGAACCAGGAUGGGCUCACACCCCAGCAGCGUGUGGAUAAGAUCUUCAAGAAGAUGGACCAGGAUAAGGAUGACCAGAUUACGCUGGAGGAGUUCAAGGAGGCAGCCAAGAGUGACCCAUCCAUUGUGUUGCUGCUGCAGUGUGACAUGCAGAAGUAGAGGCUGGUGAGGGGCAGGGCCCCUGGCCAGGAGGGGUAUAGCCACCUCCCAACCUGAUGACCUCUCUGGCUGGCCUUCCCUGGGGGAGGGGCAAUCCAGUCUCACUCUCUGACCCACACGCUCCUCUGCCCAAGCCCUUUCUCCCCACAGUCAAGACCUUUGAGGGACCACCUCACUUUGCAAAAGAGACAGGUCCUCAGAUAUCCUGUCGUCUAGCCCCAACCCAGCCUUGGCCCAGAACCAGCAUCCAUUGGGCGUAAGGGAGUUGGCUUUUGCCCUAAGAGGCAGGGUUAAGGAGGGGGGCUGGGAUCCUGCUUUGAAAUUCUGUUGUUCCUGGGAUUGUGCUUUAUGGAAUGUGGUCCCACAGACCCAUCACAAGGCCAAAUUGGAUCUGUCCUUUCUGGAGGACCCACAUCCCUUAAAGGUGGUCUCUGCCCUGUCCCCUUGACCCUACCUGGCCCCUCUGGCCCCAGCCUUUGGAGCUUUCAUUUGUUCUUUCUUCAGCUAAUGUUUAUUGAGCACUUAUUCAAUGCCAGACAUCUCUAAGUGCCAAGGAGGUGGUAGUUUACAAGACACAUUCCAUGCCCUCUGGAAGCUCUCAGGGUAGUGAGGCAAACUUCCGGUGGUCAGGGUCUCAGGCUGGGCUGUCCAGCAUAGCUGAGCAGAGGGUGCUGCAAGGCUGCUUAGUUUGAGAGGAGCUAUCACAUCUUGCAGCUGGGCUCCACACAGAGCUGCAGAGGAUGGAAUGAAAAGCAUUUGGAUGUUUAGGAGCCCUGUGAGUGGAAGUCUUAAGAAAAAUGAAAUUUAUGUAAUACCUAUUUUUUU